AGACCUCUUAAGCGUUGGUGAAUGGUGAAUGGCGAUGGCGAGCGAUAUAGGGGUUGGAUUAUUUCUUUUGGUUCUUGCUUGACUAAAACAUGAACACGGUAUCGUGAAAGUGAGAAGUGAGUGAACAUCUUUGUAAGCGCACGUAAAUUGUGUUCGACCUAUUUUCUAUUACUCCAAUUUUCAUAACAAGAGUCAUCUCAAGCAUAGUAUUAUAUUCAAUGGAUUUGUCGAAACUUAUGCAAUGAAAGUUAAAAUAAAAUCAUGGAUGGGCGUUGCAUCUUGGCGCUGGAUUGCUAAUGAUGAAAAUUGUGGUAUUUGUCGUAUGUCGUUCGAGAGUACGUGCCCAGAGUGUUCACUGCCUGGCGAUGAUUGCCCACUCGUUUGGGGUGUUUGUUCCCAUUGUUUUCACAUGCAUUGCAUUGUAAAGUGGCUCAACUUACAACCCUUAAAUAAGCAGUGUCCAAUGUGCCGACAAGCUUGGAAAUUCAACAUUCACUGAAUUUAUAAAA